AUGCCAAAUGUAUAUUUACCUCAAAUUUUAUGGCAUAGUAAAGAUAACAAAAGAAGUGAUCGAAUUUAUUCUUUAGAUAUUCAACCAUAUCCAAAUUAUUAUAGUGUUAAAAAAUUAAAUAGGAAAUAUGAAUUGUUUAUCAAAUAUUUAAAAGAAAAAGGGAAAAUAGAAUGUAAUAAAUUCGACACAUUAGAAGAAAACCAAGAAAUUAUAAGUGAUUUAAAAUUACCCUCUAAUAAUAAUAAUAAUAAUAAUAAUAAUAGUAGUAGUAAUAAUAAAAAUGAAACAUUAAAAUUAGAUAAAGAACUAAAUCAAGGAAAUGAGGAUAACAUUAUAAAAACUGUAAUUGGGAAUACCACUGACGUUAGUAAUGAUAAAUUAUUAGAUAAUACAAACAAUAAAUUAAGCGAAAUAAAAACAAAUAUAUCUACGGAAGAUCACCAAGAACAUAAUUCAGUAAAUAAAAAAAACGAAACAAAUAGUUCAUUCAAUGACAAUAUUUUACAUAAUAAAACACCAAUACAAUCAAAUCAAUUACUUACACCAUUACUAGAUGAUAAAACAAAAAAAAAAAAACCUAUCAAAUUUAAUAUAGCUACAUGUGGUGCUGACGAAUUUGUACACUUAUGGAGAAUAUUUAUAAAAGAUGAUAUUUCAAUUAAAUGCUUAGGUAGAUUUAUAGGUCAUAGUGGUGAAAUAAAUUGUGUUCGUUUUAACAAAAAUGGUAGAUAUAUAGCAAGUGGGGGAGAAGAUAAAUUUUUAUAUAUAUGGGAAAAAAGUAAAAAACCAAAAAAUAUACCAUUAGGUUAUGAUAUAAGCUUUUUAGAUUAUAAAGAAUGGUGGAAUAUAGUAGGCUCUUUUAGAUGUAGUGGUGUAAUAAAUAGUAUUAUUUGGUCAAACAAUGAUACCUUAUAUAUAGCAAAUGAAGAUAAUAAUAUCAAUAUUAUUGAUUUUGUAAAAAAUACAAAUUGUAAAGUACAAGUCUUAGAAGGACACUCAGGUAUUAUUCAAGGAAUUUCAUUUGAUAACAAUUAUGAAUAUUUAGCAUCUCUGAGUGCUGACCAGACAUUAAAAAUAUGGAAAAAGAAACAUGAUGGAAAAUCAUGGAAAUUAGAAAACUCCAUAAAAAAUAUAAGAAGAGAUGAAUUGGAUAAACUUAAUAAUGCAUGCAUUACAUGUACUGAAUAUGAUUUUCCUGAUAAAAGUAAUACAGACAAAUAUGAAUCUAAUCCUUUAAAACAAGAAAAUAAAAAAUUAAUAAAUUGUGAUUUAUUAGAACAAGAUGCAUAUAUAAAAAAAAAAAUAAAAAACAAAAAAGAACAAGCAGAUGGACACGAAGAAGAAGCAAAUCACAAUGAAGAUGUAGAAGAACAACAAACGGAUAUAGGAGAAGAACAUAUAGAAGAACAACUCAAUAAUAACAUAGUGCUUAACUCAAAUAAUCUCAAAAUGAAUAAUUCCAAUACUCUCAAAAUGAACAAUUCCAAUAACCUCAAAAUGAACAAUUCUAAUAAUCACGAAAAUAAUUCUAAACCAUACCAACAAAUACAUACCAAGUUUAUGUCAAAAAAACAUCUGGAAGAAGGAGAAGAAGAACAAGAAGAAGAAGAGGAAGAAAGGAAAUUCAAACGAAGUCUUUUCUCAAGUGAAGAAAUGCUACCUUCCUUUUUCAGACGUAUUGAUUUUUCUCCAAACGGCGAAUUUUUAAUAACACCUAGUGGUAUUCAAUUUCAACAAGUGGAAAAAGUUAACGAGAAAAAUAAUAGAACCGAUGAAAAUGCUAAACCAAAUUAUGAAAUUAAAGCUUAUAGCUGCUUUUAUAUAUAUCAUAAAAAUUUAUUUCUAAAAUAUAAUAUUCCUUUUUUCACCAUAUUUUCACAAACAAGCCAUUUCUUAGUAGCCAAAUUUAAUUAUAAUACAUUCAAAUUAAGAACAGAACAAAAUAUUCUUAAAAGAUGCUAUGAACAUUUUCUUAAUAACUCAUCUGAUGUAAAGGAUGAAGACAAUUCAAAUUCAAAUAAAAAAAGAAAAAUAUCGGAUGAUAAUUUAAAAUUAAAUGAGUUAAUACAUAAUGACAAGCUAAUCAAAUUGAAUUAUGAAAAAACUCUAUUAUAUAAUCAUAUUGAUAUACCUGAUGAUGUAAGUCAAAAUGUUAGUAGUACUAUAUCAGAAAGUGAUGUUGAAUUUAAUGAAGAUAAAACAUCCUUGAAGGAAUUAUCCCCUGAAAAUUGCUUGAUGAAAAAUUUGGAAAAGAAUGAGGAUGGAAAUGAUGAAGAUAAUACAGAAGAAAAUGUUGAAGAAAAAAAGGAAGAUUUAAAAGAUGAAACAAAGGAAGAAAAAAAAGAAGAUUUAAAAGAUGAAACAAAGGAAGAAGAAAAAGAAGAUUUAAAAGAUGAAACAAAGGAAGAAAAAAAAAUAGAUUCAAAGGAAGAAUCAAAGAAAGAAUCAAAGGACGAAACAAGGGAAAAAUCACAAAAUGAAAACCAAUUAAAAAUAAAUAACAAAUUGAAUGUAGAUGAAGAAGUAGGAAAAAAUGAUAUCAUGGACAAAUAUAAUGAUAACAAUGAUAAUGUUGAAAUAUUAAAUGAACAGGAUGUUUUAAGCGAACAUAAGGAUAAAAAGGAAGAGAGAUUUAUAUAUACAUUAGGAACAUUUGAUGGAAGUGUAUAUUUUUAUGAUAGUGAGAUUCUUGAUAUACCCAUUAGUAUAGUUAAGAAUAUCCACUUAUGUCCUAUAACAGAUAUAUGUUGGAAUAAUUUAGGUAAUGUUUGUGCAUGUUCAAGUUCAGAUGGGUAUGUUAGCUUUUAUCACUUUAAUGAUAAUGAAUUAGGAAAUAUUAAAUCUUAUAAAAAUUACUAUUUGGAUAAAAAAUGCAAUGAUUUAACAUUCGAUCAAAAUUAUUUUAAAAACACUUUUUAUGAUGAAGUAGAGUUUUUAAAUAAAGACGAAUCAAAUGAUUAUACGUCUAGUGAGGAUGAAUUUGAUGAUUAUAAUAUAAUUCCUCCUAAGGAAGAAACGAAAGUGAAAAGAAUUAAUUUAAUAGUUGGUAAUGCAGCAAAUUUUGUCUUAUCGCAAAAUACUAAGAAAUGA